AGUGAAAGGAUAUCAAACCAAAACCAAAGAAGCUGCAUCACGCCAUUUUUAACAUCACCACCACUAGUCACUCUCUCUCGGUCCCGCCAUUUUCCGAUUUUCCAUUGCUACACUGCGCCGCGGCGAUUCAAUUCAGCCCUAAUCCAAUCCACAAUCUAUAUCUUCAUCUGUUUCUACACAGGUCCUUUAUAGAUCCUGUAACAAUUUUAUAAACAGUGCUUGUUAUCAGUUCAAAUCCUUGAAGGUUUUCGUUUGUAGCAGGGAGAGCUAAGCUAGUUAGUUAGCUCUCUCAGCCUAUUAAUACACAGUCUAGCUGUUUUAACUUUCAAUGGCGACAACUACACACUUAUGUGGAAUCAAAACACCUUAUUGUUUCUCGAAGAGCAAUCUACGGUCCCGAUAUUUGUGCUCACAGCCACGGAUUAACUUUGAUCCACUUACUGAACUGCGUGGAGUGAUUAGGGUUUCGGCUCCGAGCAUGGGAAGAGGUCUGAAGGUUGUUUGUGAUGCGAGAAAGAAUGACGUUUUGGUACAAAAUAAGACGACAGUCGAAGGUUUAGAAGGAUCAGCUAACCAACUAUCAUGUGUGAUGAAGUUUGGUGGAUCUUCGGUUGCAUCGGCAGAUAGAAUGAAAGAAGUAGCUGAGCUUAUCCUCAGCUUUCCAGAAGAGAAUCCUGUGAUAGUUUUGUCUGCUAUGGGCAAAACUACGAACAAGCUUAUAGCGGCUGGAGAAAAGGCUGCAAGCUGUAUUUCGGAUGUGUCUGAAAUCGAUGAGUUGAGUUUUGUGAAAGAACUGCACUACAGGACAGUGGAUGAGCUUGGUUUAGACAGAUCAAUCAUUACAGACCACUUAGACAAGCUAGAGAAGCUGCUGAAUGGGAUUUAUGUACUGAAAGAGUUGACUCCACGUGCAAGAGAUUACAUAGUCUCGUUUGGGGAGUGCAUGUCCACCAGAAUAUUUGCAGCUUACUUGAAUAAAAUCGGUGUCAAAGCCCGCCAAUACGAUGCAUUUGAUAUUGGUUUUAUAACAACAGAUGACUUUACUAACGCGGAUAUUCUAGAAGCAACUUAUCCAGCUAUAGCAAACAGACUUCUUGGUGAUUGGAUUAGUGAUCCUGCAAUCCCUAUAGUUACUGGCUUUCUUGGGAAGGGUUGGAGAACUUGUGCAGUGACUACAUUGGGCAGAGGUGGUAGUGAUUUGACCGCCACCACCAUCGGUAAAGGAUUGAACUUGCGAGAAAUUCAGGUUUGGAAAGACGUGGACGGUGUUUUGACGUGUGAUCCUAACAUAUAUCCAGGUGCAGAACCUGUGCCAUAUUUAACAUUUGAUGAGGCUGCUGAACUUGCAUAUUUUGGUGCUCAGGUGCUGCAUCCACAGUCUAUGAGGCCUGCAAGAGAGGGUGAUAUUCCCGUUAGGGUUAAAAAUUCGUACAACCGUAAUGCUCCAGGUACCCUAAUCACUAAAUCAAGGGACAUGUCAAAGGCAAUACUUACUAGCAUUGUUUUGAAACGUAAUGUAACAAUGCUGGAUAUUGUUAGCACUCGCAUGCUUGGACAAUUUGGAUUCCUCGCCAAGGUAUUCGCUACUUUUGAAGAUUUGGGUAUUUCAGUGGAUGUUGUGGCUACUAGUGAAGUUAGUCUUUCAUUAACAUUGGAUCCAUCAAAACUGUGGAGCAGAGAGUUGAUUCAGCAGGAACUUGAUAAUGUUGUUGAAGAACUUGAGAAGAUUGCUAAAGUGAAUCUUUUACAACACCGGUCAAUUAUUUCACUGAUCGGGAAUGUUCAGAGGUCCUCACUAAUAUUAGAGAAGGUAUUUCAUGUUCUUCGUAAAAAGGGGGUCAAUGUUCAGAUGAUAUCUCAAGGAGCAUCCAAGGUGAACAUAUCAUUGAUAGUUAACGACGAUGAAUCAGAAAAAUGUGUGAGGGCUCUUCAUGAGGCUUUCUUUGAGAGUGAUCUAGCCGACCUGGUCCACGAGAAUGGUUCAUCACCACAUGGUAGCUAAUUCUUUAGCCCCAACAAUAUUGGUUGUUUGGGGGUUGCAAUUGUUGGUUCUUUCGUUUCAGAAUAGUUAAGAUAUGUGUCGUUUCUGUAAUAGAGGUGAGUUUUCACGCUACGGGGGUGUUUGGGAUUCGGUUAUUAAAAUUGUUCGUUUGCUUAUAACGUUUUAGUAUAGCUAGUUAACUUUGGUUAUGUUUGCAGUUUCAUAAUCAACCAUACACUAUUCUAUUAGGUUCUUCUCCUUUUCUAGUUGUAUGUAUUUUUCUUAUUUAAAUUAA